GCGUUACUGCAGUUGUGCCUCUCACGUUGUGCACUGAACAUACUCGCGUGUUGCGCCAGCUUAAGUGUCCUAGAAGUUAUCUGCGAUAAAGUUUGUGAUUGUAUUUUAUAUGAGCGUGUGAUUUCAAAUACUGUUAUUUCCGUGUUCGUGAAGUUUUUUGUGGACAGCCAAAUAUUUAUCCUCGCAAUAAUAUUUUGCUUUUUAAAUGUGUGACCCAAAACAGUGGACAAAUAUUUUAUCCUUGCAAUUUGUCUUUAUAUUCAAGAUCCGUUAAAUAAUAUUAUACAUGAUUAAUUAAAUUCGCGAGUGCUAACAAAAGCUAUCACAUAACAUAGCAAAUGUUAGGUCUUUUCUGAUAAAAAUUUCCAUGGACAGAAAGACCUCAAACAAGAAUUUUAUGGUAGGGAUACGAAGGUUAAGCGUACUGUCCCUUGUCUAAAUUCUUAACAACCAACCAUACUUAAACACCGCAAUGAAUAAUGAGUAAAUAUUACUGCAGUUUAUACUAUGCUGUCGUCUAUAAACGAAGUCAUGAAAACGUAGAAACGAUUAUGAAACGACUUUUAAAUUUCUCUAAGCUCAACACCUUUAUCUUAUUUAAUAUUUAGGAAAGUUUCGCUUCAUUGAAAAUUGAAAAGGGAGAAGAGUGAAAUAUUUGUUUAAAGACAAAGUGUUUUUGUGGAAAUGUUACGUAAACUCCUAUACUAAAUUAGUAGUGGAAAACUUACGAAGAGGACUACAGCAUAAGCACACCAUAUCAUCUAGAAAUAUUGACUGUGUCAACGAUUUCAUCGUUGGAUAACGAAGCCAUGAAUGAUGUGGGCUGCAGUCACACGAUCUUUAGAGAUCUUCGUGGCUUUCAUAGAGUUCUACACCUCAAGGAAUCCAGAUACACCCACACCGAAACCCGCCAACUGCACAGCUACAGAAGCCACGCCGCCCGCUGUGCCCGACACCAAGUCCAGCCCGGCCGCCCCGAACAAACCCGGGCAAAAUGUCAAAGGAGAUCAUCCCUCGAUGGCCUUUCUUCAGAAUCGUUCUGUUUCAUUAGUAGAUAUGUACAUAGACAAUUCGGAACCAUCUGAGAACGUUGGCCAGAUUCACUUCAGCUUGGAAUAUGACUUCCAAAACACGACACUUAUUCUUCGGAUAUUAACGGCCAAAGAGCUGCCGGCGAAAGACAUGACAGGAACAAGUGAUCCUUACGUUAGAGUGACUCUUCUGCCGGACAAAAAACAUCGUCUAGAAACAAAGGUCAAGAGACGGACUCUGAACCCUCGCUGGAAUGAGACAUUCUAUUUUGAAGGUUUUCCCAUUCAGAAGCUUCAGAGUCGUGUCCUUCACCUGCACGUAUUUGACUAUGAUAGAUUCUCUAGAGACGAUUCUAUCGGAGAAGUAUUUCUACCACUUUGCCAGGUGGACCUAUCUGAGAAGCCUUCUUUCUGGAAAGCACUGAAACCUCCCGCCAAAGACAAAUGCGGUGAACUUCUGACCUCGUUAUGCUACCACCCCAGCAACAGUGUUCUAACGCUAACGCUGCUCAAGGCACGGAAUCUGAAAGCAAAAGAUAUCAAUGGGAAAUCUGAUCCAUAUGUAAAAGUAUGGCUUCAGUUUGGUGAUAAAAGAAUUGAAAAACGAAAAACGCCGAUUUUCAAGUGUACCCUUAAUCCAGUGUUCAAUGAGACCUUCAGCUUCAAUGUUCCGUGGGAGAAGAUUAGAGAAUGCUCUCUUGACGUGAUGGUCAUGGACUUCGAUAAUAUUGGUCGGAAUGAGUUGAUUGGCCGUAUAUUACUAGCAGGGAAGAAUGGAUCUGGGGCCUCAGAGACCAAACAUUGGCAAGAUAUGAUAACAAAACCACGUCAAACCAUUGUUCAGUGGCAUCGUCUGAAGCCAGAAUAGAUGCCAAAAUGUGCCAGGACCAUAAUAACUAGUGUUGAAUAUAUAUACAUAUAUUUAUUAUUAUUUGUUUAUGUUAUUGAAUAGCUACUCCAACUGCAAUCAGAAGGAGUUCAUUUAUAAUUAAAUACAAAUUUUGCUUAAGUGUGCAAAAAAUAGUUAUGGAAAAACAUUUUCCUUUACUAAAAAUGCAUUAAGUACAUUUAUUAAAAUUGCUAUGUAAACGACUUUGUGUUAGCUUAACAAACCAAUUGCUAAAUGUUAAAACAUUAGUUUAAUAUGUAUAGUUUUCUUUCACUCUAUCUAAUAUGUUUUAUUAAAUUUACUAUUUCUUAUUUUUAUUUCACUCUAUCAAAUACCAUAUUUUAUAUUUACUAUAAUUUUUGUUCUGCUCAAGUGAAUUUCUGUUUAGCAUGAAUUUAAAAUCCAACAAGUAGAUGGAUAGAUAAAUUAAACUCUCUCACCUUCUCGCUCUUUCUCCAAGAAAGAUUUAAGUAAAUCUUUUAUUGGAGAUCUGACACACCAGAAUACAUUUUUCAGAAUGUUUAUUUUAGCAUUGCAUUCAAAACAAAUACAAAAAAAAAAUAUUUGUUUUUCAGUGAGAAAUGUCUGAUAAAACUGUUUCGAGUAUCCUGAAAUAUAAAGAAUGUGUAAGCACAUAUCUAGGAGAAAAGUAGUUUAGUACAUUUUUGUGGUUUAUAGGACAGAUGUAUACAAUUACAUAAGAGUAGGGUGUAAUAGUACACAAAAAAAUUUAGUUGCCAUUGAAAAAAUUCAGUAAUCUACAAUUACGAAAAUCAAACUGCACGUGAUCAGUUCUGGUUCGUGAUUCAUAGGUUUAGACAUAUGCUGGCCCAGAGGACUAGAGCUUGAAGUAUUGCCCCAAUGACACAAAAGAAACAAUGUGAAUUCUUAUAAUCAUUCAGUGGUCUUAAGUGUGGAUGACAGUUGUACUGAAUUAUGUUUUCUUUUCAAAUAUUAUUUUACUGCUGAGCAUAAUGCCCUGAGAUUACCGUGCCAUCAACCUUUAAUGGCAAAAUAUCUGCAUGUCCAGAUCAUAAAUUUCCAGAUAUUCAGUCUUCAAUCUACCUAUCUACUUAUAGAUUUGUUUUAGGCAUGUUUAUUACAUAUCAAAAAUCCAUAUAUGUUGACUGCUGUAAACAAACUCUGGUAGCAGCCUACGAAAAAGUGGGUGAUAAACAAAAAAAAGCCUAAUAUGAUUUCUUUACUAAUAUCAUUACAUAUAAGUUUGGUUUAAAUUACUGCUUACUGAAACAUUGUGUGCAAAAUUAAUUUCUGUGAAUUAAUUAUUUUUAAACAAUUAAUGUAAUUUCAAAAUCUAGCAAGCUUCAGAAGAAAUUGAUGAAAUUUAUUAUAUUCAAGCGAGAAAAAAAAUUUCAAGGAAUAUUUGUGAAAUGAAGGUCCGGUGAUGUUAUCAAGAUGCAUAUACUACUUAGGUAAAAUUUUAAGGUUAUUAAAACAUAAAUAUACACUUUUGAACUUCAAAUACAUUUCUUGUAUUGUUCUGGUAAUUGGAAAAUUUGACAACUUAGAUAUACACUGUGGAGCACUAGUAAAAUGCAAAAGUGUCUCUAAAUUAGUGUACAUAAUAUUGUGCCAGCAAUCAACAAAUUAAAAAUGUUACAAGAUAAUGAAAUUUUAAAUUUGCAAAAAAUUUGUUUUAACAGAGAAAAAUUAUCAUAUUUUUUAAGUUCAACAAUGCAAUAUUAACAAUGUUUAUUAACUAAACUAUUAUCUCAAUUCUAUAAAAUAUUGGUAAACAUUUUUUAGGAAUUGCAUGAAUAGUUUCAUUACAUUUAUAUUUAAAAACAUUAUUUAAAAAUAGUUUACCAAAGUUAUAAGAUUAAUUAUAGGUUGGAUGAGCACUACUUUAUGGUGCAUAGACACUAAAUACGAGGCAUGUUUGGAAAGUAACCAAGGCUUACUAUUGAACUGUAAAAGUAACAGAAAUAUUAUCUUUAAUGAACCAAUUACCUACUUGAAAAUCACAUUUCAUAUACUAUUUUUAGACAUAGCUUCCACCAUUAUUUAGAUAAUUCUAUUGCAUUAAUAUAUUUGGUAUUUUCUCAUUAAAAGAGACUUUCUUGAAAUCCAAAGAAAUCUGCAAGAAAGUGACAUCACAAACUGUUCCCAUUAAUUAUUUUUUCACUUAAUAACCAAAAUAAUCACUGCUGAGAGAAUGCUAGCCACUCCAUGUCAUAUCAUGCAUUUUUUUCUUACUAACAAACAUUUUCUCUCCAUCUCAUUACUCAUUAAAAUGUCCCUGUAAACUUCACUAACCUGCCAAUGAGUUUCAGGAGCAACCACAUUUUAAAAUUUUAAAACUGGAAAUUUUACGAAUUUGCAUUCUAUCAAAUUCAAAACACGAAAAUAUUUUUGUAACAUGUUUGUGUCAUGUAGGUAUUGAACUGCUAUUAGAAAAAAAUUGUAUAAACAGUUUGACUAAAUAAAAUUAAUAAUUUUUAAACAAAAUAAGUACUUGAACUAUAAAUGACAAAGGGUCUUCCGCAACAUGUUACCCUCAUGUGAAGAGUUACAUGUAACUAAAUUAGUAAGCACUGUGGAUCUCACUAUUAUCUUGGAGGUCCCGUAGUGUUAAGCACCUGCACCUAUUCGUAUGACGAAAAACUUUAACGUUUUAAAUUGUGUGUUGGCAUAACUCUAGUGAUCACUUAAAUUUUAAAAGAAAGAUAUUAGAUUCAUAAUGAGGAUGAUAAACCUGGAAUAAUAGUGCACUACCACGCCUACAUGAAGCAAUAAUCACAGUAUUUUUAUGUCUACAUGUAAAAUAUCAGUUUUUAGAACACAGUCAUGGGCUGUUACUGUAAUGAGAAUAUAAUUAAGCAAUUACUGCUUAUCUGUGCUGCAUUGUUUCACUUAUAUACUUCCCGAAAAUGCCUCCUAAAUUGAGUUCUAAUGAAAUGGAAUUUUGUAUGUCAUACAUGCUUUAGAAAAGAAUUUUUAAUAAAUAUUUAGUCUUUUUUACAAAUGUAAUGAUUAAUAUAAUUUUUGUGUAUUUAUGAUUAGAUGGUAAACUUUAUAAUUUUAUAAUAUGUAUCACUUACACAUCAAUGCUAAUUAAUAGUUUGCUUUUAAAAAAUUGGGUUUUUGUGCUUCUGUUUUAAUAAACAACUUUUUCUCUCUGGUCAUGUAUUGUUUUAGGAAAAGGAUUCUCAAGAUUAUCGACUAAUGUGCGUGCAGUGGAUUUGUUCAUUUUACUGCGUGCCUUUGUCAUGAGACUCACUGGCAAGUUAAACAUGUAGAGCACAAAUUAUUGCCUUGUAGGAUAAAUAAUUAACGACUCCUUAAAUUAAAACAUGUCUCUGUAAAGAUAAGCAGUGAAGGAUACUUGCGUUUUAUCAGUUUUCAGAAUAUAGUCAUCGGCUGUUACUGUGAUGAGAAUUUAAUUAAAUAUUGACUGCAUUGCUGUGUUGUAUCGUAUUACUAAUAGGAUUCUUCAUGUUGUUGUAAGUGUAAAUUGGUAUUUUAGUACAUAGCAAUCACUUUUGUAUAAUUUAAAUACUAUAAAGUUUGCAUAGUGUGUGAUAAACUGAUAAAGUAUAGUUGUCAGGAAAUUUGUGGUUUGUUUCUGCAGAAGUUAUAAGUAGUCUUAUCUGAAUAUUAACAGAUAAUCUGAAUGGCAUGUUAUCUUUCGAAAUCUUUACGUCAUGAAAUUGAUUUCAAAAUUGUGUUAAUUUUUACUAAAUAUUUUUUGUUAAAAUAUAUUCUAAAAGUUGUGUGUUUAUUAUUUCAAAGGAUUUUCUAUUAAAAUUUUUUACAGAAAUGUAUAAUACUUCAUUUUAUAUUUGUGCUUCAUAUUUUAUUCAAUGUAAGUAUAGUAUCGAAUUAUUUAAAAUAUUAUUUUUAAAAAGGUUUGUUGUUGAUUGUGGUUAAUGAUAUAUCAAAAUGUAAAUUAUUACUAUACAGAAAUACAUAGUUAUUUUUGUAGUGGAAUAUAUUCAAUCUGAGAAAAGCCCCAAAAAUUUCCUGAACUGUCAGUAUAAAAACACACAAUAUUUUAUAAAUGUAUAAAUAUUCUGAACGUGUUGUAUGCAGCUCAAAGACUUUAUAAAAUGUACACAAAUUACAGUAGACUUUUCAUGUGAGUUUGUAGUUAAUUGUUUAUAUUUUUUUACAUCAAAUAAUGCAUCACUUAAAGUAAUCAUCAGAUAUUUAUGUCAAAUUUUUUUACCUAUAUUAAAAAAUUUUAUUUCAUUGUCUUAAUCUUUCUCACAUCUGCUCUACUGCUUUAAUUAAAUGCCAGUUUUCCUUCA